UCGAUUAAAGUUUGGAAUUGGCAACUAUUUACUAUGAUCGAGAUAAAAUAUUCUACUUUCUUUAAGAGAUGGCAUCAUCAAGUAAGGCGAUAUGUUGACUAUUUUGGGCAAUGAUGACACUAGCCGUGGAAAUUUCCACGAAAGCAAAAGUCCAUCUCAGGAAACACAGAUUCAUUCAAGAUUCCAGUUCAGCGGAGUCUUAAACCAUUGAUAUUCUGAAAACCAAGCACUGUCUAAAAGACGUACUUUUCAACACCUUCAACAAACCGCUACAUCUACAACUACAAGUUCUUCGCCUUCUCUGGUUCAUGGUCUUGCAUCCUCCAAAAGCUACUGUUUUUAUUGAGCAAACCGGUUUCAUAUCAAAUGGGGUUCAUUGAAAGAUUCCCAAGGCUUCUGAGGAGAAUAUGAGGAACCCAGUGAUAUGUAUAGAAUCGCCGAUGUGCUGUGCAGGAUCUCUCUGCUGUUCCUCUGCUGAUUUUUUUACCAUCUGAGUGGAAUUUUUCAAGUGGGUUAAAUAUGUAUGUGGUGGAAAGCAAAGGAGGUGCUAUAGCAUGCAUGCUACUUGCCUUGAUCUUCUUGGGCACAUGGCCUGCUAUCCUCACUCUCCUGGAACGACGAGGCCGGCUUCCUCAGCAUACUUAUCUGGAUUAUUCAAUCACAAAUUUCUUGGCUGCUAUACUUAUUGCUUUAACAUUUGGUCAGAUAGGCAAUAGCACACCUGAGAUGCCAAAUUUUUUAACUCAACUUUCACAGGAUAAUUGGCCCUGUGUUUUGUUUGCAAUGACGGGCGGAGUGGUCCUCAGCCUCGGAAAUCUUUCCACACAGUAUGCUUGGGCUUUUGUUGGUUUGUCAGUGACAGAAGUGAUCACUUCAAGCAUCACCGUUGUCAUAGGCACAACCUUUAACUAUUUCUUAGAUGAUAAAAUUAAUAGAGCCGAUAUUCUUUUUCCCGGGGUCGGUUGCUUCUUGAUUGCUGUUUGUCUUGGCGCUGCUGUUCACUCAUCCAAUGCAGCUGAUAACAAAGUAAAACUUGACAGCUUGUCUAGUGAUCACAUAGAUGCAGUGAAGGUUUCCAAUACUUCCAUGAUCCCAAAUGAGGCUGCGUCGAAGGAUCUGGAGAACGGAAAUGACCCUGCUCAGAAGGCCAAGGCUGGAACUGCAGGUUUUCUUGUACAGCUUGAGAACAGAAGAUCAAUUAAGGUUUUUGGGAAGAGCACUUUUAUUGGAUUGGGAAUAACUUUCUUCGCCGGAGUUUGCUUUUCUCUCUUCUCGCCUGCAUUCAACUUGGCCACAAAUGACCAGUGGAACACUUUGAAGACAGGAGUUCCUCAUUUGGUUGUUUAUACUGCGUUUUUCUACUUCUCAUUAUCUUGCUUUGUCCUUGCCAUCAUUCUAAACAUCACCUUCCUUUACCACCCUGUACUGGGCUCACCCAAAACAUCCUUCCAAGCUUAUCUGAGAGAUUGGAAUGGUAGGGGCUGGGCCCUUUUGGCUGGUCUCCUAUGUGGAUUUGGCAAUGGUCUCCAGUUUAUGGGAGGUCAAGCUGCAGGAUAUGCAGCAGCUGAUGCAGUUCAGGCACUUCCACUGGUGAGCACUUUUUGGGGCGUCCUUCUGUUUGGAGAGUACCGAAAAUCAUCCCGAAGAACAUAUAUAUUGCUUUUCAGCAUGUUGUUUAUGUUUAUUACGGCUAUUGCAGUCCUUAUGGCAUCAUCAGGGCAUCGCAAGUGAAUAUUCAACUGCAAAGUCCUCGUCCGGUGAUAACAAAAAGGAACAAGAAGAAAAGAUUUGCUUAGCCUUUGUCCGGAAAUCGUGUAAAACAAGAAUUUAUAAAUAAUACCAACGCCCUCAUGAGUCAUGAAGAUUAUUGAUUCUGCAGGUUCUUCCGAAUAUCCCAAAGACACUUAUUCCCUUUGGUCUUUGGAGAAAGAUGCAGUUUAUACAAAACAGAAAAUAUGGGGAAAUCAUACAAAUAUUUUAGUGGAAUUUGUAAAAUAUUCUAUCAGAUUUCUGUUUCAUUGAUGUACUUUUUUGAAUAAUUCCAUUUUAUAUCA